UGCGGUCUCCAGAGCUUGGCCCGUCCGAACCCGCCCCGUUGACACCGUACCUCUCCGCAGGAUUGCAUCCAUUCCAGCCCGAACCCGAGAAGAAAUGAAAAGACCCGGCAGCUUCAAGUGCUCUCCGAGUUCCUUCUCUUUUCUACAGGGUUGUAGGCGUUGUAUUUACAUUGCAGUGUGGAAAAUCGAUCGAUGAAAGGAGAAGAAGAGAAGAGAAUAUGAGGAGAGGUUUUCGACUUCCCAUUUUGCCCCUAGAUAAUGCCCCUCUCCUCUCCCAAGCUAGGCUUCUCUGCACUACCCCCACCAGCAACACCAGCAACAACAGCAAGGCAGCAGCAGCAGCAGCACACCAGGAAGCUUAUCGACAGCUCCAGAAUCUCGAUUUCAUGACUGCCGCUAAAAUGCUCUUCACUCCCCCUCCCCAAAAGAAGAAAUUUGGGAUCGAUUUCCAUCUGGUACAGCUCUUCUUUGCCUGCAUGCCUUCAUUGGCUGUAUAUUUGGUGGCGCAGUAUGCUCGCUAUGAAAUCAGAAGAAUGGAGGCGGAAGAAGAGAUGAAGAAAAAGAAAGCCGAAGAAGAAGAGAAAGCGAAAGAGGUGGAUUCGAAUGUUGCGGAUGAAGAAAAGUCUGGUUUGGAGCUGUCCAAGGUAAAGGUCAGACUAGAUGCACUAGAGGAAACUGUGAAGGAAAUUGCGGACGAAACAAAGAAGCUAUAUGCCAUCAGCACAUCCAAAGACCAAGGAGGUGGCAUGAAAGAGCAGUCCACACCGACCGAUGCAAGCUUGCCAAGCAAAUCGGAAGGUAGCAGUUCCGCAGCGGAGGACCAAAACAGCAAAUCAAAAGCUGGUGAGUCAGCUCGUGAUUCGAACUCUGAAAAGGUGAGUGGAUCCUAUGCUGAUACUACUAGCUUGUCAUCACAGGACAAAAACAAACAUGGUGGAAAGAAUUGAAAUGAAGAAUACAUGCAUCUUUUCCAGCUUUGCAGAGGGUGGUGGCAUUUUGAAUGGGUAUGUGAGUCCCAUGGAGGACAUGAUUGGAUGAACCUGGCCCAUCAUUCAGUGAUCUAGACCAUUGGUCUUUUGGGAUGGCCCGUGCCUGAAAGAAUGCCCUUGAUGGGAGAAUACCAACCUUUCAAUUUUCAGCCUUCAUGGAUGGUCAAGGAGAGAAUAGAGCAACAGUUUGCAUUCAGCUUGAAAAGGGCUCAAGUUUGAUGGUUAGGAUCUUCUGAUGUGGUGGACUUUUCAGACAUGGUCUAUCUACAGUAUGGACUGACAGAACCAAUGGUUCCUAGAUACCUAAACUGAAAUCUCGAGUAUGCUUUGCAUAUCAUCGCCCAAAUGAUAAUAUAUACUUAUUCAUAUUUCGGUUCUUGAAAUCUGAUACAUGCUUAUUAAUUUAUUUAUUUUCCCCAAAAGUUUUCUG